GCAAACGUCAAACGAUCAAUCAAAGUGAGAAUCCAUCUGUGAUUGGGGAAUUUUACAAAAAUUAAACAAAUUAUGGCGAAAAUGAGCUGAAGCGGUAUAAUUUGUUGCGUAAUAUCUUUGUUUAUAUAUUGUAAUACUGUACACAAUUAAGUUAAACAAGGACAAUGGACUUCUUUUCGGAAAUAAUCGGCGAAACAGUGAUUCUUGGGAUUGAUACCCUGAUUUUGGGGUUUUGUGUGAAACAGCUGAGUAAAUGUAAACACAUCCUAAAUGCCUUACAGACGGCACCAGUUUUAGACAUAGAUUCAACAUUGAACAAGGAAAUAAACAAAUACUCCAACAAUACCAUCCCAUAUGUGGUGAUCAGAGGCUUGGUGAAGCCCCUGGGCAACCCUAUCACCAGCAACUACAACAACUCUGUUACUGGAGUAGUGCAAAGGCUCACAAUCAAAGAACAUGUGAUAGCCAGAACAUCUGCAGGUUUCUGGUCAGACCAGACUCGCACAAUACAUGAGGUGUGCAACUCCACACCGUUUGUACUUAGCAAUGGGAAGCACAGCAUUGAGGUGGUGGACGCCUUGGCUGCCGAGUUACUUGACAUGGAUGUCAUCUCCGACAAGUUUGAGCCCAUGUCUCCUGGUGUCAUUGAUCAUGUGUGGGGUUUCUUCUCUGGCGUACGACAACGUGGUCUGCAGACCAUGGAGGAAAUGCUCCGCGACGGGUCGUACAUCACGGCUAUAGGGGAGCUCAGCAGAAGUAGCUCCGGGGAGAUGAAGAUACAGCCACCAAAAGAUGGCCUCCCCUUGUAUUUGACUACGGCUACUAAGUCAAGCUUAUUGAAGAGACUUGCUAGCUCGCGCGACUUUUUAAGGGUGCUACUAGUAAUCUUCGGCACGGUAGCGGCGGCGGCGUCGUGUCGCGUGGCGUACAAGUACAUGAAACGUCGUCGGCGUCGCGCUGUCGAGGACUCCAUGAAGAAGCAGCUCGCUGCCGGACGACGCGAGCGGAGAGCGCAUGCGCGAGAGAAGAACCUUGCUGAUGUACAACUUUGUGUAGUUUGCACAGAAAACCCUAAAGAGAUAAUCCUACUUCCAUGUGGACAUGUAUGUCUCUGUGAGGAUUGCUCAGACAACAUCACAGACCACUGCCCCAUCUGUCGGGAGAAGAUCGAGUCCAGAGCGCCCGCCUUCAUUACGUAGACACAGUUCAUAGACAAAACGUGUUGACAGUUUGAGCAAAUUAAUUAAAAUAGUUAUCAGAACAUUGACCACCAUAAAAGCUGCAUUUUAAUAUUUUAUAAAAUGCGGGUAUUAUAGGAAUGUUGACCAGUAAUAUGUUUAAUUUAAUAGCAAAUUGACAUGUUGUAAGUUUGUUACAUCAGUAUUUGAACUGAUUUUGUAUACUCCGGUGCUAUGACUGCUAUUCAUAUGCAAUAGUACAAUGUACAUUGCUGGAAAUGUGGCUUAUAAUAAUAAAUUGGUAAUAAGAUGGAUUGGAAACUCACAGAUAGAGAUAACAAUACUAUUAAGCCUAGUGGUGUGAUUUAUGAAAUUAAUUAAAAUUAAAUAAGUA